CUCCUUCCCUUUUGCAGGAAACGAGCAGAAAGAACAACAAGAAGGUUGCUAGCCAGGCAGUGGCUUGCAAGCAAGCAAGGCAGCAAGGCAGCAGCUAUGGAGAGGCUGCAAAGCAGGGAACUGAAUCCCAUCUUUUGCUAGUUUUCAAAUUAAGCAUGUAUUAUCUCUUCAACUGGAGAUCUUCCGAUUUUGGGAGCGUCACCAAGAGAUCCAAUGGAAUCAGCCCGUAAAGAUGUGCAUUUCUCGCACUAUGUCUAAGCGGAGGCUCUUUUGUCACAAUCCUGGCCAUUUAGCUACCGUUAGACUGGAUAAUCGCAAAUAUUUAUUUGGUUAUUUUGAGUGGGAAGCCUUACUAUAGUAACAUUUAAGAAGUAUUGGUCCGGUACGGUUGGAGUCGGUAGACAUCAAGAGGCUGUUCUUCCCUCCGCAGAAGGCACAUUGCCUGUGUGUGAGCAUUGGCUAGCAAUAUGGCUACUGAAUUGACGCCUGGAGGAGCGGUGAGCCUCUCUUUCCAAAACGUCUUGGAGCAUGGAGUGAACUCUGAUAGGAACAGAGGGGAGGAAGCCCCCACAAAGACUCUGGAGGUGGAAGGAGAAAGGAUCACCCCUCGUGUCAUUCAGGUGGGGACCAUUGGGGAGUUCCUCGGCUGGGUGGCCCCGCAAGACUUGGUCCAAGGCUCCGACGAAGGCUUGGCCCAGCGCUGGGAGGCCCAGUGGCAGGAGGUCUUGAAGGCCGUCCAGCCCCUUCCUGUCGAGUGUGGACUCCAACAACAAUCGAAGCCGGUGCCGUGGGACUUGUGCGGGGUGGUCGCUGAGGGCAGCCAGUGGCCUAAUGGAGAAGUGGUGGCCCAGCUCUUGGUGGACAACGGCCUGGCGUUUCAGGGCCCGGACGGUGGAGAGCACAGGGUGGUGGCCAAGGAGGUGGUCCUGGGGGAAGACCCUCUCAAGGCGGAAGCCCAGCGUCGCCACUUCCGGAUGCUGCGCUAUCAGGAGACGGUGGGUCCCCGCGAAAUUUGUCGGAGACUCCGGGAAUGUUGCCACCGGUGGUUGAUGCCGGAGAAACGCACCAAGGAGCAAAUCCUGGAGUUGUUGAUCUUGGAGCAGUUUCUGACCAUCUUACCUCAGGAGAUGCAGAGCUGGGUCAGGAGCCAUUGUCCCCAGGCCUGUUCUCAGGCGGUGGCCCUGGCGGAAGAGUUCCUCCGAGACCAGCAACAGCAGCUCAAGGUGUUGGGUCCCUGCGAGGAGGUGGUUGUGGUCUCCCCUGAGACAGACUGGACUUCAUUGGGGUCUGCACUGAACAGACAAGUCCACAGAGAAGCUCAGCUGGACAGCCGGCAGGAGCUCACGUCAUCUGGGAACAUCAGAUGCCUGGAUGCGUAUGCCCUUUCCUCCAGCGAGAGAGCCACGAAUGGGAAUAAGGUGGAUGCAUCUCAUCACCAAGGGGUUUCUGAGCUGCCCGUUCUCUUCGGGACUUUGCCAGGACAGUCCGGUUUGCUCGAAAAUGGCCAGGAGCUUGAGCCAAUGGAGGAUGGAUUGGAGCCAAUGGAGGGCUGGGAAGAGGCCACCCUCUGCAGUGAAGGCGUGUACGAGACAGUAGUGCGGCUGGAGGAGCACGGGCACUGGUGCCUCGAAUGUGGAGAAAGCUUUCUGGACGCCUUCCAACUGGCGAGGCACCAAAAGGCGCAGCACUCUGGGCGCAAGCGUCCCGAAUGCCCGGAGUGUGGGAAGAGCUUUCGGGACCUUUCCCACGUCCUUCGGCACCAGACAGUUCACACGGGGGAAAAGCCGUACGCCUGUUCCGAGUGCGGACAGAGCUUCACUCAGAAGCCGGCUCUCAAUCGGCACCUGAGAAAGCAUUCGGAAGACAAGGAUUUCCCAGGUUUUGAAGUCACCAUCCGGCCUCCGAGGAACCACACGGGAGGCCGCAAACGGCCCGAAUGCCUGGAGUGCGGGAAGAGCUUCCGGGACGUUUCCCAGGUCCUUCGGCACCAGACGGUUCAUACGGGGGAGCGGCCUUACAGCUGCCUGGAGUGCGGGCAGAGCUUCACCCAGAAACCCGCUCUUAACCGGCACAUGAGGAAACAUCUGGACGUUGGACAAUACGCAGGCAACGAGGAAGUCGGUGUGAGCCCCGAAAACAGCUACACGGUACCGGCAGCAUCACAAGAGGAUCCGGUUCAUGUUUUUAGCAACGGAGGCUCCUUGGAUACUUGGCCAACGGGGAGCGAUGAUCCCAAACCCAUGGCUGGAGUGUUGAAGAACACGAGAAAGAACCUCACCCGCAGAGGGCAGAAGAAACACUGGUGCUUCAUCUGUGGGAAAGGAUUCAGGGACAAAGCCGACUUGGUGAGGCACGAGAGGAUCCACACUGGAGAGAAGCCUUAUGCGUGCCUGGUUUGUGGGAGGCGGUUCAACCACACGUCGAGUUUGUACAAGCAUCAGGACACCCACCGGACACCGACUGGUCUGCAGAAAGAGGACUUCAGCUGCAGAGAAAACAGUAUUUCCAAUGUACAAGUGGCUGAAGAAGGCGGCAACGUUGAGUUGGAAAUGGAGGCGGAGGACCACGAGGAGAAGCCACACACAGAGCCAAGUCUCCCUCCGAUGGGAAAUUUGGAAAAGGAUGAAAAGGACCAGUAUUUACUUUUGAGGGAGUGAAAAACAUAUUUCUUUCACUUAUAGGGUUGCCACAUGAAGCCUGGAG